CAGUUACAAAGAAGCACAAGUGUCACAGGAAAGCAAGAAGAAAAAGCAGUUACAAUAUAUCAUAAAUUUUUGUUAUGAUUAUGUUAUAGUUAGAGUAAGAUAUUAAUUGUUUAUUCUUAUAAUUAUGAUAAUAAAUUGAUUAUUUUUUUUAUUAUAUAUCUAUAUCGAGGUUCCUGAUACAAAUAACAGAAUUUGAGAGGGAGAGAGAGUGUGUAUGUGUGAUAGGUAGAAGAUGAUAUAAGAUUGGAAGAGGAAUAUAAGUGUAUUGAAGAAGGAGAAAACCCUAAUUGGAGGAUGUGAUGUAUUGCGUGAUCGAUGGAAAAACCCUAGAAUCGGAGUAGGGACGCAAUCGACGACGACGUAGAUGCUUGUUGUGGUUGGAGUGUCGUGGGAUCUGAAUUGGUUCCUGCAACUGUUACUCUCCGUGAUCGUCGUGGCCGUUGGGGUUCACUUUUUCGUCAAGUCCACCGCUUCCAAGUACUUCGAGGUCGACGCCAAUUUCGAAGGGGACCAGCACCACGCCCUCGCCGACGCAAUGCCCGGCGUUCUGUCCUCCGCCGACGAAUCUCUCUGCGCCGUCUGCGCCACACCCUCCUCCAAGAAGUGCUCGCGCUGCAAAGCGGUUCUUUAUUGCUCCCAAGAAUGCCAGCAGUCGCAUUGGAAGUCUGGUCAUAAGACAGUAUGCAAGGAUUUUCACCAAGCUGGUGCAAGAAGCCCGGCUCAAAAUGGGGUAAUUAAUCGUGGGUUUAAGUCUUCUGCUGCUGGGGGUAAGAGCUCUUCAGCGAUUGCGCUGAUACCUGCCCGUGGAACAACUUAUAGGCCAAUUAAGCAGCCUAAAGAUGUUCUUUUUCCCUAUGAUGAAUUUGUCAAAUAUUUUAACUGGAACAAGCUAGGAUUUCCUCCUUGUGGGCUAUUGAAUUGUGGAAACAGUUGUUUUGCAAAUGUGGUUCUUCAGUGCCUCUCAUUCACAAGGCCACUUGUUGCCUACUUGUUGGAGAAGGGUCACCGUCGAGAAUGCAGUUGUAAUGAUUGGUGCUUUUUAUGUGAAUUUGAAAAUCAUGUUGAAAGAACAAUGCAAAGUUCACAGGUGUUUUCUCCUAUGAAUAUUCUCUCUCGAUUGCCUAAUAUUGGUGGUACUCUAGGCUAUGGAAGACAAGAAGAUGCUCAUGAGUUUAUGAGGUUUUCCAUUGAUACCAUGCAAUCUGUUUGCCUUGAUGAGUUUGGUGGAGAAAAAGCUGUCCCUCCUAACCUCCAAGAGACUACCCUUAUUCAACACAUAUUUGGUGGCCGUCUACAAUCUGAGGUGGUUUGCACAAAAUGUGAAAAGAUUUCAAAACAGUACGAAAAUAUGAUGGAUUUGACAGUUGAGAUUCAUGGAGAUGCUGCCUCCUUGGAGGAAUGUCUAGAUCAGUUUACUGCCAGGGAGCCACUUGAUGGGGAAAAUAUGUAUAAAUGUGAGGGGUGCAAGGAUUAUGUCAAGGCAUGGAAACGCCUUACUGUGAAAUGUGCUCCAAAUAUUCUUACUGUCGCCUUGAAAAGAUUUCAGAGUGGGAGGUUUGGGAAACUUAACAAGAGAAUAGCCUUCCCUGAGACUUUAAAUCUUAGCCCUUACAUGAGUGAAGCUGGAGAUGGAUCUGAUGUUUAUAAGUUGUAUGGUGUUGUGGUACAUAUUGAUAUGCUAAAUGCUUCAUUUUUUGGUCACUACAUCUGCUACAUCAAGGACUUCCUGGGGAACUGGUAUAGGAUUGAUGACUGGAAGGUUACGACUGUGGAGUUGGAAGAGGUACUUUCUGAGGGAGCAUAUAUGCUUUUGUAUAGCAGGUGUAGUGCCCGGCCAUCAGGCCUUCAAAUUCAAACUAGUGAAUCUUCAGGGAUAGCAGAAGUUCAAACAACAGAAGUGGAAGUGGAGGCUGGACAAACUCAACAAGAUGGCUGCCUCCUUUCGAAAAUGAAGACUUUAACUUGUAAUAGAGGUUCUGAGGUUUUGCCAUCUGAUAAUAGUUCAGAAUCGAAAGUUUCUUCCACCUAUGAUUGCGAGUCUUCUGCUGGAUUGAACUCAGAAGCCAAAAGAGAGCAGUUUGAGGAUACGGGCAUGAUUAAUGUUGAUUCAACUGGUAUUGCAAAUGAAAUAUCUUGUACUGCUGUUGAAUCAACAUCUGUUCCUAUUUCUCAAGCCGUCAACGAUUUGGGGGAUGUAGAUAUAGCGGACAGAUCAUUUGAAAGGACUUCAGGCGAGCAAGAUACUGAUAUGGUUAGGUCGUCUGGUUCUUGUCCUGGUUCACCGAAUGACUCUUCCUUUCUAGGUAAGCAUUCUUCCGUUUCAAGGGAUCAUCGAAACGUGGAAGACUUAGAACACAAAGCUGUGGUUAUAGACAAGUUGAUUACAGCUAAAGAUAAUACAUAUUAUGGUAAUGGAUAUGUCAGUGCAAACGAGUCUUCUAUUCCAGUUGAAGACGCAGGCAAACAAAUUUCUGGAAUCGGUUCUUCCCACUGAAAUGACAAAGGAAAUGGAAAUAUCAGCUGACCUCUUGGUGCAGCUUUUUUUGUUAUUUCUUCUUAACAUUUAAUUAUCCCAUCAUCGAAAAAGGUGGUGAGUUGGGAAAUUUUUGUCCGGGGUUUCAUUAUUUGCAAUAACCUUGGAUCUUAUUUGUAACAGUUCUAGAUGGAUUUCCUGAUCUAUUUUUUCUUAUAGAAUAUAAUCCCUUUGUCCUUA